GUGUGUGUGUUUUUUAAUACUACACCCACAAUUAGCUUAAAAUUGUUUACUCACCACUUGACACUGCCUGCGUGCUUAUGCAAGGGUUGGUAGAGUCUUAUCAACAUGAACAAAGUGAUAACAUUCAGAUAACAACCGUGAAGUCAUGCAUUUUCCUUAUUCUCUUUCCCUUCUUCUGAUUCAGCUGAAUCAGCACUUUCUCUGCAGGUGAUCUAUUUUGAAAGGGGCUUAUUAGACAGUGUGCAAAAGAGUGCGCUAAUUAUGCGGAAAAACUGUUCACUCUGCUGUUGAGUAGGAAAGCCUUUUAAAAAAAAAUCUCUCUCACUCUCAAACUCUCACUCCUCAUUGUGAUUCGGCUCCCUCUUUCUCUCCUUUAUUCGCUGAGGGACUCUCCUCCCCUCUCCUUCCCCUCUCCCCCUCCGUGCGUCAAAUUCUCGACCCAUGGUGUUCAGGCUCCCAGUUUCUCAGUUUCCCUCCAGGAUGGGUUUCUUCAGGUUCUUCAGGUCUGUGAAGAGCGACUUGAUCCUCUUUUUAACUCCGUGCGCUCUCCUUCCCCUGCCUUUGGUGAUCGGGACAUCGGAGGCAGAAUGUGCGUAUGUGAUCAUCUUAAUGGCGGUGUACUGGUGCACUGAGGUACUUCCACUGGCUGUGACAUCACUUCUCCCAGCUGUCCUUUUCCCUUUGUUUGGCAUAAUGCAGUCUAAAGAUGUGGGCAUGCAGUACUUGAAGGACACCAACUUGCUGUUUGUGGGAGGCCUGCUGGUCGCCGUGGCGGUGGAGCACUGGAAUUUGCACAAACGCAUCGCUUUAAGGGUGCUACUUCUCGUCGGUGUGCGUCCAGCGCUGUUGAUGCUGGGUUUUAUGGGUGUCACUGCGUUCUUGUCGAUGUGGAUCAGCAACACGGCUACCACGGCCAUGAUGGUGCCAAUUGUCCAAGCAGUGUUGGAUCAGCUCAACAACAGUGACAAAGAAGUGCCACAGAUCAUCAGUUCAGACGAGCAUGUCCAGACAUCAGACACUGACUGCAAGCCACCAGCGCAGACACAAAAAGAGGCUGAAGGAAACGGCCCAGUGGUUGUGACUUUCUUAGAUGCCUCAGUUGAGGUUGCCAGGCACAAGGAGGCAAUGGAGAGGCAAAGAAUGGGUAAAGGGAUGACCUUGUGUGUUUGUUACGCUGCCAGCAUCGGAGGCACUGCCACGCUGACAGGAACUGGUCCCAAUUUGGUGCUUAAGGGACAAAUGAACCAGCUGUUUCCUGAAAAUGAAGAUGUGAUUAACUUUGCCUCCUGGUUCGGAUUUGCGUUUCCAAAUAUGAUCCUCAUGCUGACACUAGCCUGGCUCUGGCUGCAGUUUGUCUUCAUGGGGUUCAAUUUCAGGAAAACAUGGGGCUGUGGGGCAACCAAGACAGAAAAGGAGAUUGCUGCAUAUAACGUGAUCCGUGAGCAACACCGUCAGCUGGGGACCAUGAGUUUUGGAGAGAUAAGUGUGUUGAGUCUCUUCGUUUUGCUGGUAGUCCUUUGGUUCUCCAGAGAUCCGGGUUUUGUUCGUGGCUGGGCUACAGAUCUAAACUCCACAGCAGAAUAUGUGACAGAUGCCACAGUAGCGAUAUUUGUGGCCAUCCUGCUCUUUGUCCUACCCUCUGAACCACCACGAUUCUGUUCACGCAGGACUCGAAGUUUUGAUACAACCCCACAACAGACCUCUACCUCAACACCCCGACUCCUCACCUGGAAGGUUGCCCAAAAGAAGGUGCCAUGGGGCAUUGUACUUCUCCUUGGGGGUGGGUUUGCCCUCGCCAAGGGGAGUGAAGUAUCAGGGCUCUCAAAGUGGAUGGGGGACCAGAUGAGUCCUCUGCAGAACAUCCCUCCCUGGGGAAUAGCUAUCAUUUUAUGCCUACUGAUUGCUACUUUCACAGAGUGCACCAGCAAUGUAGCGACUGCGACGCUGUUCCUACCUGUCUUAGCCUCAAUGUCUCAGUCCAUUGGAAUCAAUCCUCUGUAUGUCAUGGUGCCCUGUACUCUGAGCGCCUCGUUCGCCUUCAUGCUGCCCGUUGCCACCCCUCCCAACGCCAUAGUCUUCUCAUAUGGACAACUGAAGGUUGCUGACAUGGCUAAGACUGGGGUAGUCAUGAACAUUAUCGGCAUCAUUUGCAUUACACUGGCCAUCAACACCUGGGGCAAGGCGAUGUUUCACCUGGACACUUUCCCUGCCUGGGCCAACGUCACAGGCGUCUGAACGACUUCUGUGAUCACACACCGUCUAUGCAUGCCCUCCUCCACCAGACCCCGUCCCGUCCUCGGGUGACAAACACCUGAAACCAGAGCGAAAGCACGGGACCAAACGGUGAGCUUCAUGUGUUGUAUUGCUGUCUGGAUUGUGACGGAAAGUGGAGGGCAAUUUUACUGGGAAAGAGUAGAUAACACAUGGCAAUAUUUAUACAUCACAAUGAAGAGAUACUUGAAUGAAAGCCCUUGAUGCCUUAAAUUACACGGCACAAACCAAAUGCUGUCUAUUAACUUAAAACCAGGAAAUAUCAAUUAUCCUAUCAGCUAGUUCUGGUGGUGUAAUUGAAAACAAAUCUAAUAUUUUGUAAAAGGCAUUGAAUUUUUUCCCGUUUUUUAUUUUUUAUUUUUUGCAAACGUAGCCAGAUGUUUUUAGAAACUCUUUAUUUUUAACAUACUGUAUGUACAUAGUCUUGCAAAAUUAUUAAAACAGCAUGAGCUUUUGUCACAUAACCACAAAUGUUUUAAAGUUGGAUUUUUUUUCUUAGAUUGAAACAAAGUAUCACAUAAUAGUUGAAUUCAAAUGGAAAUGCAACACGGUGUUUAAUUUUUGCUCUGAUUCUGGAAAGUCCAUCCAUCCAUCCAUCCAUUUUCUGUUCAUCCUUGACCCUAAUGGGGUUGGGAGGGUUGCUGGUGUCUAUCUCCAGCUACAUUCUGGGCGAGAGGCGGGUUCACCCUGGACAGGUCGCCAGUCUGUCGCAGGAUUCUGGAAAGUGUGGAGUGCAUAUGUUUCCUGACCUGUGGGGUGUGUCUCUGUCCUCUAUACAGCUGAACAGUUCUGCUUACACUAAGAACAGAGUAUUGAUGUAUAUACUGAACAUAUAUAUGCCAUACUUUUAUGACUAUGUAUGUUUUUCCCUCCAUACUGCAGUUGUUUCCUACUGUGUGAUGAUCUAUCAAAGAAAAAGUUUGUGGCUGUGAUUUGACAAAAUCUAAAAUUGUUAAAAAGAUAUUAAUACUGUUGCAAGGCACUGUAAAUUAUUCUCUAGGAAGCAUUGUGUACUUAAUAUUUUCUUAUGUAGUUCACUAAGCAAAUUUUUCUGUUUUAUUACUUAUACGGUCUGACAACUUCAUUCUUCUUUCUCUUAAAACCUGGAAUUAACACUGAAGAGUCUACAUGAUGGUGUAUAUAAAUUUCCCCCAAUGCGACCAAAUGUAAUAUUAAAAUUCUGUUUUUUUACAUGUAAAUAAAUUUCACAUCAUAUUCAA